CAUGGGAUUUGGGGAGUUUAGAGUUAAAAUGAAAAUUUACGCUACCUUAAAUUGUCAAAGAAGACGAGUUUGGUUACCCAGUGGUCUUAUAUUACAAACGUACACGUAGCUCGUGCGCUAAAAGCAUAACGUUUAACUUAAGUUACAUUAAGGAACAAACUUAGCGCACUUUCAUGCACGCUUUAAUGUCUGGUCAUAGUAAUGAUUUUAUUUAUACACUGUAACGGACGCGCACUAAAUGGAUUUGGAUUAGCGCUGCUGUCACGGUACGUAACCCCUGAUAAGUCUGUGAUUUGACCUGAAUUUCUUUAUGUAACGUUAACUGUUAUACCUACUCCAGUUCUCACCCAUCCAACAAACGGGACUAUUAAUCUGAUCGGACAAAUCCUUCAUCGAUCUACAUACUGUGGGAUGUGCUACUGUAUGGGCGUGUCUUAAAUCCUAGUAAGAACCCUAGAAAGUAUUAUCACCCUCUUAAAUUCGUCAGCUGCUUUUAGUAUUUACGAGCGUCAAAGACGCGCAUGUUUUGCGCAGUCUGAUUAUAACAUCGCAACGCCCCAAUAUGCGUAAAAAGUACGCAUCGAUGAAGCGUAAACAUGCGGUCGAGAUGACUCGCUAAGUUUUGAGACACAGCCAAUAUUUCAACAGUUGUUUCUUGCCAGGCUAAAUCGCGUGCAACUACCGCUUUGCUUAUAUCGCAUUCAGUGUCUGUCAUAGGACCGUUAAUGAGUUUUUCACCACUCUGAUUUAGUUUUGAAAUGAAAUCCGGCACUUUACAAACAUGGGAUCUUCUAUAUGCGACUGCGAACUUCGCUUGAAGUUCAACUACUAAUAAGAUUGAACUUUGGAUGACAAACAACCGAAAGGAGGCUAAACGGACACAUUAUGGCAAUAUGUGGCAGACGUAACCGGUCCAAGUUAAUACUCUGCAUUCUCGGAGCUUUUGUCGCGGGAUAUUUAAUAUUUCCCAGAGACACGGAAAGUAAUAGCCGUCCGGAGAGUCGAAGGGAAGUAGCGGCCGACAAGCUCAGAAAUGUGGAUGAUGAGUUCUUUAAGAGACCUGUUUAUGAGAAACCUCCUCUGGAUAUCAAUGCUUUAGGAGAGAUGGGCAGAGCUGUAAAACUCACAGAUCUAACCGAAGAAGAGAAGAAAGAGGAGAGCGAGAGCCUGAAAAAACAUCAGAUUAACGUUUAUGUCAGUGAUAAAAUAUCACUACACCGCAGACUGCCCGAAAGAUGGAAUCCACUAUGUCGAGCCCUAAAAUAUGACUACCCUAGCUUGCCCACAACAUCAGUGGUGAUAGCUUUCUACAAUGAAGCGUGGUCCACACUUUUAAGGACGGUGCACAGUGUCCUGGAGACCUCACCUGACAUGCUGCUUGUAGAAGUCAUACUGGUGGAUGACUACAGCGAUCGAGAUCAUUUAAAAGAGCCUCUGGAGAAAUACAUUGCGAGUUUGAGAAAGGUGCGUCUGAUUCGGGCGAGGAAGAGAGAGGGUUUGGUGAGAGCUCGGCUUUUGGGGGCAUCCAUCGCCACGGGAGAUGUGCUGACCUUCCUGGAUUGCCACUGCGAGUGUCAUGAGGGCUGGUUAGAGCCUUUGCUCAACAGAAUUAAGGAGGAGCCUUCUGCUGUGGUGUGCCCAGUAAUAGAUGUCAUUGACUGGAACACCUUUCAAUACCUGGGAAAUGCGGGUGAACCUCAGAUCGGAGGAUUUGACUGGCGACUGGUGUUUACUUGGCACAGUGUCCCAGAAUAUGAGCAGAAACGCAGACGUUCCUCCACUGAUGUCAUCAGGUCUCCUACCAUGGCCGGUGGUUUAUUUGCAGUUAAUAAGAAGUACUUCCAUUACCUGGGCACAUACGACACGGGAAUGGAGGUGUGGGGUGGAGAGAACCUGGAGUUUUCAUUCAGAAUCUGGCAGUGUGGAGGGAGUCUGGAGAUCCACCCUUGCUCGCACGUGGGUCACAUCUUUCCGAUGAAGGCGCCAUACUCGAGGAGCAAGGCCUUGGCUAACAGCGUGCGGGCAGCAGAAGUCUGGAUGGAUGAAUACAAAGACAUGUACUACCACCGCAGCCCCCAUGCACGUCUGGAGGCAUUUGGUGAUGUGACGGAGAGACGGAAACUUCGAAUGCGUCUUGGAUGCAAGAACUUUAAGUGGUACUUGGAGAACAUCUACCCCGAAAUCCAAGUUCCAGAAGACAGGCCUGGGAUGUUUGGAAUGCUAAAGAAUAAAGGGAAGGCCAACUACUGCUUUGACUACAACCCACCUGAUGACCAUAAUAUUGCUGGACAUCGUGUCAUUCUUUACCCGUGUCAUGGCAUGGGACAAAACCAGUUCUUUGAGUACUCCACACUUCAAGAGAUCCGUUAUAACACGAGGGAUCCUGCCGGCUGCAUCGUGGCAGAUACUGUUUCUACCUUCCUUACUAUACAUCAUUGCAGUAAACUUAAGGAGCCUGUGCCCGAAGAUCAGAAGUUUAUUUUCAGAGAGGAUGGCACACUGUACCAUGUUCAGACUCAGCUGUGUGUCGAAGCAGUGGACCGGACAGACUCUGGGAACCCCGGACCCGCUCUCCGAGCCUGCUCGGACUCUGCUUUCCAGAAAUGGUUUUUUGAAGAAAAAGCAUAACAGAGGUCCUCUCAACAUCUUUCACCUGAGAUACAGAGGGCAUUUCAUAUCGGCAGCUCCCACAAAGUUUAUUGACCAUUCCUGUCUGUUAGUGCUUUAUAGUGCCUACAUGAGUAAUACAACACAGACUGUAUGAAUUAAAUCAAGGGAUAUUUAAUAUAUUUCAGCAAUUCACUUUUAUUUCUUUCUUUUUUUGGAUCGUACAUCAGAAUCUAUUCCUUGGAGUCUCUAUUCAUUCCAUUUUAGUACAUUUUAAAAACACUUCGCUCAUUGUCGGUCUCUGGUGGAAUGAAAAAGCACAAUUGUUGCACGAGCUGGUACAUGAAGUUAUUUUGAGAUGUUUACUUACUAGUGCGUUAUUCAUUCCUCCUGUUUAACUAUUAUUUAUUUAACAUUUGAACACAUCUAUUGUGUCUUUAGUUUUGCAUAGUUUUGUAUAAACCAUACACCUCUGUAAUCUGGUUUCUAAGUCAGAUGCUCCUUGCACUUAUUUUUGGACGAGUCCAUGUUCUUCAUGGCCACUAGAUGGUGCCAAAUCCUCUUUUUAACUGGACGUCCUGUGGUGUCCUCCAUCUUCUUUCAUGACUUGGUACGAGUGUCUGUAAUUUCAUUAGAUCUCUAUGCUGUGAUUGAAAUGCUUGUAAAGAUGUUACUCAUACAGUAUGUGUGUGCAAGUGUUUGAAAACUCUUGUAGUCAUUCACCUGCUAUUGAAAAUGGGGUGUUGAUUAUUUGAGGACAAUUAAAUAGAGAUAUAAAUGUCCUAAUAGAUACUAAAUUGUAAUACUUAUUUUUAGUUGAAGAGAAAACGAUGCUGAAAAAAUAUAUAUUUUAUUAUGUAGAUACAAACCUUGUAUGCAAUUAUGACCAUGGGUCAAUGUCUAAAAAUGAUGUCAUUUUGUUAACUUAUCUCUCAUGGUUAUUUAUUACAUCUGUUAAUAAUGAUAUGGAUGUUGUUGAAGAUCUAAAAUGUGCCUUUUGGGUGACUGUUAAUGAAGUUUAUGUAAUUUCAUCAGUUGAAAAUAUUGUUAAUGAUUAAAUAUAUAGUUUAUAUUAACAUUUUAAUUAUGAUUGAGAACCUGAACAUUGUCAUGAGGCAAAUUUGUUUACUUAGAUUAACAAUUGAGAGCAUGUGAAAUUCAAUACCGGACAGAUGUUUGCAGGUUCUGCAAAGAUAAGGAGGUUUAGAGAUUAAGAUCGAUGGGUUUUAAUGGGAGUUCAUUGUGUUUGCACUGGUUGACUUUUUCUUGUCUGUCAAAGCCUUAAAAUGAAUGGGGUUGGGAUGUUUAAAGAGCUGGAUGUGUCAUCUUGAAUGGACAAAAGUCCUAUUUAAAUCAUUUUGUUGCUCAUACAUAGCCUAAAUA